CUAUUAGCAUUUUUUUUUUUAUUAAAAAUUUCACAGUGAAAGAUUAAAAUAUUUAUAAUUAAUCAGAGUGUAUAUUUCUCUUUUAUCGAUCAUACAAUGUGAAAACCAUAAAUAUUUUGAACAAUAAAUGACAUGAUUUGAAGAAGAUUCGAUUAAAGUGUUUCUGUAGAAUCGAAUCGAUGUGAAUGAAAUAAUUAAAUACAAGUAUUUACAUGAAGUGGAAUAUAUGGAAGUGGAAAAAAGGAAAACUUUCUUUCUCCUCGUAGCGUCUGUGAUUUUUAUAAUAGGAUGUAUAUACGUCUCGAUCCAGGAAUCAAAACUAUGGGAAAGAGUUAAACGACCAAAUAUAAUCGUGAUCAUGGCUGACGAUCUUGGGUGGAACGACGUGAGUUUUCAUGGUGCCAAUCAAAUACCCACGCCGAACAUAGACGCCCUGGCCUACAACGGCGUUAUAUUACAACGACAUUACGUCCUACCGAUAUGCACGCCAUCAAGGACAGCCUUUCUCACAGGCCGUUAUCCCAUUCGAACAGGUAUGCAAGGUUAUCCACUAAAAGCGGGUGAACCACGUGCGAUACCUCUAAACAACACUCUUCUACCUGAAUAUUUGCGAAAAUUAGGAUACGCCACGCAUCUUGUAGGAAAGUGGCACGUUGGCUAUUAUAGUGAUUAUCACACACCAACUCGUCGUGGUUUCGACACGUUCUUUGGAUAUUAUAGUGGUUACAUCUCAUACUUUAAUCAUACCAUUAAACAAGACAAUCACAUUGGAUACGAUUUGCAUUACGACAAUUCAAAGAAUUUGUCCGUCAGUUACAAUUUCGAAUAUACAACCGAUCUUAUUACAGAAAGGGCCGAAAAUAUAAUUAAGAAUCAUGAUCGAGGAAAACCUCUUUAUCUUCAAUUAUCUCAUUUGGCUGCUCAUUCUAGUGAUGCAAAAGAGGUUAUGGAAGUUCGCGAUGAACAAGAAACGAAUGUCACUUUAGAAUACAUCGAAGAUUAUAAUAGGAGAAAAUAUGCGGGCGUGGUUACUGCGAUGGACGAAUCCGUUGGCAGAGUGAUUAAAGCAUUGGAACAAUCGAAUAUGUUGGAAAAUUCAAUUAUCGUUUUUAUGUCUGAUAAUGGCGCGCAAACUGAAGGAUUAUUGGAGAAUUAUGGGUCAAAUUAUCCAUUGCGUGGGUUGAAAUUUACACUUUUUGAGGGUGGAAUUCGUGGUGUGGCAUGCGUUUAUUCGAGAUUAAUACAGAAUUCCUCGAGAAUUUCCAAUGAAUUGAUGCACAUAACCGAUUGGUUGCCGACGUUUUACUCAGCGGCUGGUGGUAAUCUGGAGAAUCUGGAAGAAAAUAUGGACGGUAUCGAUCAAUGGGAUACAAUUGUCUCUGGAAAAGAAUCAAAGCGCGGAAGCGUGUUGUUGAACAUCGACGAAGUGGAAGGUGUUUCUAGCGCUUUGAUAGGAAAAUACAAAUUAAUUAACGGAAAAAAUAUUCAGUAUAGUGAUUACUAUGGCGAUAACGGUACGAGUGUGUCAUAUCCCGAGUACAAUGUAUCGAGCGUUUUACAUUCAAUUGUCGGUUCUACUAUUUUUCAUACGACAAAUUUUACGUUAAAUAUCGAGGAUGUAAUUAAGCUUCGAAACGAGGCAAGGGUUGUUUGUAAUAAUUUCACGAGUUACUCGAAAUGUGUGGACAAAUGUUUAUUUGACGUUUACAAUGAUCCUUGUGAAACGACAGAUUUGUCCAACGAGCAUCCUGAAAUUGUCAAGAAAUUAAAUUAUUUUAUCGCGGAAUACGAAAAAGUUUUAUUACAUCAAACGAACGCUCCCGUGGAUCCACGUUCUUAUCCUGAAAAUUUCAAUGGGACAUGGAUGCCUUGGAUACAAUUAUCCCCAAAUGAAAUCCCAAUUUUUUAUUGAUUAACGAUUUAGAUAAGCUACCGGAAAAAAUCUAUUCAAAAUGAUAUUAAGCCAA